AUGCAGACUAUCUGGGGCAUGAAGGUGGAGUGGGCAUUGCGAACAUCGUUUGCGGCCACGCUCACCGCCAUCUACUCCGUCCACCCUGAGGUGCAGUCGGCCGAAUGGGACCAUGCCACAGUGUUUGCACCUGUCCUGGCUAUUGCGUGUGUCUCCGGGCCAAAUCUUGGUGCAACCCUCCACCAUGCUUGGCAGAUGUGGACGGCUGCGGUGAUGGGUUGCUUUGCCAGCAUGGUGGUCAAUGAAUCCCUUCGGCCUGUGAAUCCCACGCUUCUGCGUGAAUGGCUGACCUGCGUCCUGUUCUUGCUCACCGUCUUUUUCUUGUGUUCUCGACCUUGGGCGCUGGUCCAAAAGCGAGUGUCAGUGGGUGUGAUGCUCUGCGGCACGAUUCCAAUGUCCAUCUCCAACCACAGCAAAGAGUGGUGGUUCCCAUGGACAACCGGCACUCCAUGCACGGUGGGUUUGGCGGCUGCCGUCUUGUCUAUGCUCGUUCCAACACCUCAUUUCGCUUCCUGGGAACUGCAGCAGCGCUUGGCUCACCAGGCUGUGACUGAGCGACAAGUUCUGCAAUGCCAGUACCAUGCAGUGGCUUCUGCUUCCCGAGCACAGCACGUCGCUGCGGCACACUUGCUGGAGGCAUUCCGCGACAACCUUGCCGCAAUGAGAGGGCUGCUGAAACUCAGCCAAGAAAUUUAUCCGAAUCCAAAGGGCAGCAUGCAGAUUCUCGCAUCACUCAGUAGAGAUUUUGCUCUUGUCUUGUCUGAGGAGCGCCGCUCAGCAUGA